GGAUAGAACCCGAAGGAAUUGGAUUUUCCGAUUUACAAUUCCACGGCAAAUCCCUAGGAAUACAAUUCCAUUCCGACAAAUUCGUUGCCUAAUCCAAGUUCACUCAACGCUGUGUCUACCAUCUCCUCUAGUCGAUCUCUUUGGUUCGAUCACUGAUCUGGGUUAGUGGAUCUCGAUAUCCGAGUAGUUAUCAUUAUGGCGUUGCCUAUAGAUCAUAAGGCCAACAUCAUUGACGGAAAAGCAAUCGCACAAACAAUCCGUUCUGAAAUAGCUUCUGAAGUCAGUAUUUUGACCGAGAAAUAUGGCAAGGCACCGGGACUUGCUGUAGUCAUCGUUGGACAUAGAAAAGAUUCACAAAGCUACGUAAAUAUGAAGAGAAAAGCGUGUGCCGAGGUUGGAAUCAAGUCUAUUGACAUAGACCUUCCAGAACAAGUACCCGAAGCUGAGUUGAUCGCAAAGGUCCAUGAGUUAAAUGCGGAUUCCGAUGUGCAUGGCAUAUUGGUUCAGCUUCCUUUGCCGAAACACAUAAAUGAAGAAAAAGUUCUCACUGCAAUUAGCAUCGAGAAGGAUGUAGAUGGUUUUCAUCCUUUGAACAUCGGGAAACUUGCUAUGAAAGGCCGAGAACCGCUCUUUCUUCCUUGCACCCCAAAGGGAUGUAUUGAGCUUCUUAAACGCAGUGGUAUUACCAUAAAGGGAAAACGGGCAGUCGUGGUCGGUCGAAGUAACAUUGUCGGCUUACCGGUUUCACUGCUACUGCUGAAGGCCGAUGCCACCGUUACCGUAGUUCAUUCGCACACGGUGGAUCCAGAAACCAUCAUUCGUGAGGCAGACAUUGUCGUUGCUGCAGCCGGACAAGCUGUGAUGAUAAAAGGUAGUUGGAUUAAGCCUGGUGCGGCAGUUAUUGACGUGGGAACGAAUGCAGUUGACGAUCCUAGUAGAAAAAGUGGAUACCGGCUUGUGGGUGAUGUCGAUUUCCAGGAAGCAUGUAAUGUAGCAGGAUGGAUUACGCCCGUUCCAGGCGGUGUGGGGCCCAUGACCGUAGCAAUGCUCCUUAAAAACACGUUGGAUGGUGCCAAGCGCGUGAUCGGGAAGUAAAAACAAUAUCAAAUCGUUCUGGUUUUUAUUGCAAGAAAUCUGCAAAUCAUGUUGUAGUUUUGUUGAGCAUAUAUAAGCUCAUUUGAUUUUGACUCUUUAAAUGUAUAAGAAUCUUACUAGUUUCCAACAAUAUAUUUUGAUUACAAUUGAACUUGGCUCAAGUUCGACUCGA